AUGAGUAGAGUAUGGACUUCAGCAACCCUCCGGUUACGACCGGCCUUCACACCCAACACGCUACAACCACGGGUUGUAACCAGAAACAUGUCUGGAUUUUCUGCCAUGCAGACAUCUAACAGAUUACGGACAGCUCUUCUGGAGGGCAAGAAGGCAUUUGGUGCUUGGCAGAUGCUUCCUGGUGCAAAUGUAUCGCGAGUAUUAGCAAGGUCAGGAGUUGAUUGGGUCUUGGUGGACUGCGAGCAUGGAAACUUGGAUGAUGGUGCCAUGCACGAUGCCGUCCCUGCAAUUGCGGCUCUAGGAGUCUCGCCAAUUGUGAGAUUGCCUGAUAUGCAAGGAUGGAUGGUAAAGCGUGCACUUGACAGUGGAGCUCACGGUGUAAACAAGAUCGUUGUCCCUUUGCUGAGAACGCCUGAGGAGGCGAGACAGCUCGUCCAAUCUGCCAAGUUUCCGCCUUUAGGCCGUCGAGGGUUCGGGUCACCAAUUGCUCCUGAGCGAUUCCACCCUGAGCCAAGCUUCUCAGAGUAUCUUCAGCAAGCAAACGAUUCUCUUUUGACCAUUGUUCAAAUUGAGACCAAGGAGGCACUUGAGUCUAUCGACGAGAUUGCUGCUGUGGACGGCAUCGAUGUGUUAUUCAUUGGACCGUUUGAUCUUGGCAACGCCCUCGGUCAUCCCAUUAUCGAAGGAGUUAUGGCCACGGAACUGAAAGACGCCAUUGCCAAGAUCCUUGCCGCGGGUCAGAAAGCAGGCAAGAAGACUGGCGUAUAUUGCACAGGAGCUUGGGUACAGAGACCACAUGUUUCCCGGGUGAAGAAUGUAAUUCUUGUUGAAAAUAGAAGACGACGAGUAGCAAACAUAGUGAAGAGAGUAGAUGAGCCCCGUGAUAUCUUUCUCAAUGGCUCUACUAUUUACGAAAUGGCUCAAAAGUGUGUCCAUCAGGGUUGCGGAAAAGAGUUUACCGAUCCUGAUGAGAAGUGCGAGUACCACCCUGGUCCGCCCAUUUUCCACGAGGGGCAGAAAGGAUGGAAAUGCUGCAAGCCUCGUGUCUUGACCUUUGAUGAGUUUAUGGACAUUCCGCCUUGUACGACUGGCACACAUUCGACCACCGACAAGCCGCCUCAGCUUGAAGAGAACCCCCAGCAGGAUGAUGCUGCCCUCGCCCAGAAGAUCGAUGCUCUGAACGCCGCCACACCGUCUCGCGCACCGAUCCCAACUGCUCAGCACGCUCCUACUCCUCCUCCACUCGCUCCCGAGUCGGAAGAUGAUGAUCCCAGCCUUGAGAUUGCCGACGGCGUUGGUUGUAAGAGGAGGGCAUGCGGCGCAACAUACAAGAAGGGUAGCUCAAGAGAUGACGAGGAGUGUGUUCAUCAUCCAGGAGUACCUAUCUUCCAUGAGGGAAGUAAGGGAUACUCUUGUUGUAAGAGGAGAGUAUUGGAGUUUGAUCAAUUCAUGAAGAUUGAGGGAUGCAAGACGAAGAACAGACACUUGUUUGUCGGCAGUGGCAAGAAGGAUGGCACCAAUAGUGAGGAGGUCGUUUCCAACGUCAGGCAUGACUUUUAUCAGACACCAGUCAAUGUUAUUGCAUCCUUCUUCUUGAAGAAGAUCGACAAGAGCACAGCCAAGAUCGAGUUACAGCCAAAGCAACUUAACCUGAACCUCACAACAACCGACUCGCCCCCCAAGCGCUACAUAGCGGAAGUCCCCCUCUAUGCGUCGAUCGACCCAGAGGAGUCAUCGUAUAGAGUGCUCGGUACGAAGCUAGAACUCGUCCUCGCCAAAUCUGACGGCACCUCGUGGCCAGUUUUGCGAGGAGACGAGGCCCUGACAGGCGAGAUCCUUCAGGUCGGCCGUGCUGGAAGGGCUUAA